UCAUCGUAGCCUCUAUACUGAUCCUCUUUGGAAACACUAUGCACGAAUGCUGUAACAAGUCCCGUCUCCGGCAAAGUACGAGCGAUGAUAUGAUAGAUUAAGAGGUUGCAAGAACCGCUCUCAAUGUCCAGAGAGGUUCUAGACAACUCUUAAUAUAGCAAAAAUGAGGUUAAACGACAUAAUAAUAAGCACGAUUGCGACGGCUUCGGUGGCCGACGCAGCCAAGGCACGUCGGGCCAACUGCCCUAAUAUCCACAUCUUCGGCGCUCGCGAGACGACCGCCCCUCCCGGCUUCGGGUCCGCCUCGACGGUCGUGGACCUCGUUAUGAACGCAAACGAUGGCGCUACAUCGGAAUCUAUCGUCUACCCCGCCGCCGGCGGAAACGAGUAUGCCUCGAGUGUGUCGAGCGGCAUACUGGCGGUAGCAAACCAGACGAACACUUUCAAUCAGAUGUGCCCGGACUCGAAGAUCGUCGUGGUUGGGUACUCGCAGGGCGCGCAAAUCGUAGACGACGCGUUCUGCGGCGGCCCAGACGGGACCAGCUUAAACACGAGCAUGGCCCUCGUCUCCACAGGGGUCAGCGAGAUGGUCGCUGCGAUUAUACUCAUGGGAGACCCUCGCCACGUCAAUGGGCUACCUUACAACGUCGGGAACGCAACGGCAGGAGGAUUUGCGGCCCGACCGGCCGGGUUCCAAUGCCCGGCUUUUGAAAAUAUCAUACAGGAGUACUGCGACGCGGCGGACCCGUUUUGCGCGAAGGGGAAUAGCACGGCGACGCACCAGGGCUAUGGGCGUGAAUAUGGACAGGCUGCGCUGCAGUUCGUGCAGAGCAAGCUGGGGGCAUCUAAUAAUACUAAGGCGUCCGCAUCAACAUCCGGCGGAACUAAUGAUGUUCCCGCGAGCGCGGCGGGCAGGACACGGUUGGGCGAGGGGUAUAUGUGGAUGUUGCUGGCGCUUGGUGGGCUGGUUCUAUAA